AUGGCCGACAAGGAGAGAGUCCGCACUGCCUUCUGCAGCUUUCUGGUCUCUUCUGAAGCCACGGCUUGUGCCGAGGUGGAAAGGCGCCUGGCUCUGUUCGCGAUGCAUCAGCACGACAUCGAGGACGUUGAGUCUGAGACGGAGGUGGGUCGCCAGUCUCAGCCUUUGUCGAGUCGUCAAGGCCACCAAGAAGACACCAGCCAAGGUCAGGCCCAAGACGGCUAA